AUGGUUUCAAACUCGAGCUUCCAGGAGUUAGAAGAACGAGCCGCAAGCCCUCUGUGGCAUCGUGCCCUAGAGCGAUAUCGAGAGGAGCUUUACCAAAACGACGAUUACCAGUCUGUGACCGAGAUUGCGACGCUCGAAGAUCUCCUAGAUUACACCAAAACGAUCGAGAAGAGCCUUCCUCGUGAUCCAAAAGCAUUCGGCUCCUUGCAGCGCCUUGGCCCAGCGUUGAAGUUUGUGGAUGAUUUUUCGGCCGUUAUCGCGGUUUGUUUCGGGGCUGAUACUAAACUGACAGCCUUCGUAUGGGGCAGCAUACGCUUAGUGUUAAAUUUAGCGUCAUCUGCAGGCGAUACUCUUAAAGAUGUUCUCGAUAUGCUCGAAGAGCUUAGCCUUACAUUGCCAAGGUUCAGGACCUACGAGACGAGCCUUGAAAUGGACCGAGUACUCGAAGCUGCUCUCGUUGAUGUUUAUACCGAAGUCAUCUGCUUUUACGCCCGUUGUAUCCAUUUUUUUCGAUCACACCCACAUGUAGUGUUACAACGCGGUGCAUGGAAAGACUUUCGCGAUGAUUUCGCUCGCACGCUAAAACGUAUCCGACGGCUUUCCACAACCGUAGAGAAUGAAGCGGACUUUUUGCGCAUGAAAUCUGACCGCGGGAAGUACGAUGAAGUUCUGGGGCUGAUGGAGAAAUUCAAGGAGACCAAGUUUCAAGAAGAUGAUUCAAAGAGAUAUCAAAACAUCCCUUCCACGCUCAGUCCUAGAUUUUGGGGUAGAGAAGAUGUCCUGAACUCUCUUCAAGCAGCAUUGUGCCCACAACAAAAGGCUCAUCAACUUAGAACCUUUGCACUCUACGGUAUGGGGGGCGUUGGGAAGACCCAGAUUGCUUUGCAAUACGCCAUCCGUCAUCGAGAAUUGUAUAAGGCUAUGUUCUGGGUCACUGCUGAAAACGUCAUAAAAAUGGGGCAGAGUUUUCGUGAAAUUGCGAAAUUGCUUGGGUUGUCCCAAACCGAGCAGGAGUUACAAGACACGCAGGGGUGUAUGUUGAAAGUCAAGAACUGGCUCACUGAAGCCUCUGAUCCUUGGAUUCUCAUAUUCGACAAUGCAGACGAUCUUGAGGUGCUACGGCAUGCAUGGCCCACAAAUGGCGCAGGAUCGGUGCUACUAACCACACGGGACGCGAAUGCGGUCCACAGCCCUGCUUCAAGAGGAUUUCACGUUCAACCAUUCGAUAUCACGGCUGGAUCCGAAGUGUUGCUUAACUUGAUAGGCCUUGAUAGUGCCUCGGCAUCGAACCGCGAGAGAGCCGUCGAGAUCACAAAAGCCCUUGGAGGCCUGCCUUUGGCUCUUACUCAAAUUGGAGGCUUUAUCGUACAGCGGAAGCUACCUCUUCGAGACUUCCUCCCACUGUAUGAGCGCAACGCGUCCCGAAUCGAUGCUCGUAAGACUAGCAUAAGCGAUUACGAACAUACCUUGAGUACAGUGUGGGAGAUGUCCAUGAAGAAGCUUAAGGGAGAUGCUCUUAUCCUGUUCAACAUGCUGCCAUACUUUCAGCCGGAUAGCAUAGAUGAGAUCAUUUUAUCUCAAGGGUCGACAUCUCUUCUCGAGCCAACUUAUGAGUUUCUUCAAGACGAUAUGGAUUUGGGAGACGCAGAAGAAGUUUUGCUAAGGACCAGCCUCGUGAACAAGAAUGCGGACGAUGCUGUUCUAUCUGUUCAUCGUCUUAUACAAGCAACGAUACUUCGUAAUCAGUCUCCCGACACCCAAAAGAAGAUCUUCAACAUUGUUGUCCGUAUCCUUAGCUGGGGUUUCCCUAAUACGUGGAGUGAGGAUGUCGGUCACCAGUUCCAAUCAUGGGCAAAUUGCGAAAAGUGCCUCCCGCAUGUCAACCACCUAGUAGUACAACGAGAGAGGCAUAAGAUAAGCCUCGCUUGUCCUCAAGAAUAUGGUGAAUUGCUUCUGCGAUGUAGUUGGUACCUUUAUGAAAGGGAAUGCUAUAGUGUCGCCAAAUCACUGACUGAUGCGGCGCUGGAGACCUUUGAAGAUAAAAGCACUCUCUCAUAUGCCAGUGCGGUUGACCUAUCUGGCCUCCUUGAUUUGGAUAUGAACAAUCCAGAGAAAGCGCUGGUCCCGUUCGAAGAGGCGUUUGCAAUCCGCAAAAAGCUGUUGAAACCGACUGAUGGCAUGAUUGCAUCAAGUCUCAACAACAUAGCACUCGCAUACACCGAAAUGGGCGAACUUGACAAAGCCUACUCUGCACAUGAGAAAGCGAUUGGCAUCCGACUUUGCACGAACAGUGACAGGAUCGGUAACUCUUAUAGUAAUAUGUCUAGUCUGCUCUUGAGAAUGAACAAGCCAGACGAGGCAGAGAAUAUGCUCAAGCGAUGCCCAUCGCUUAGAGAUUUUACGGAUGAAACGUUCAUCAAGACUGGAAACCCACGUUUUUCAGGGGAUAUGGUACUUCUUUCUCGUAUCCGAGUCCAACAAGGCAGGCUCGACGAGGCUCUUCGCCUUGCGUCAAAGGCUCUAGCUUUUCGAAAGAAACUGUUAGGAAACCGUCUGAAGACAUGUGAUUCGUUGUACGACGUAGCAUCACUGCUGCACAUUCACGGUAACUCUGCUUCUGCCAUUGAGCUGCUGAACCAACUAACGGAUAUCGCGGGAUCUAUCCCCGAGGGCAAAGGUCAGCUUGCCAGAGCUUAUUACAAGCUUGCGGUUUUCCAGCACGAAAGAGGGAGAUAUGAGGAAAGUCAUGCUUGUAAGGAGAUGGCAGAAAGCGUGAGGGCUGAAUUGAAAGCAGAUGCUGCGGGAGCGCCAUUCAUCGAAGAAGAGUUCAUGAAACUAUGUGUUUGGAUGCUGUGGUAG